AUGAAAGGCGCCGCGCCGUUGCCCCUCGUCAACUUCUCCGAUCCUUCGUCCAUUGGCCUCUGCAAGCGCAUGUCCGACGCCGACAUUGGCGGCUAUUCUGAGAUCCACCUCGACUUCGUUCCUCAAUCGCCGCCGCAUGCCCGCUUCCAUGGGAACAUCUCCAUCCAGCUCCCCCAGGACAAUCCCAAUGUUACCCGCACCGGCUUCGCUGGUUGGCGGACGCAUGACCGCCCGCCCACCAUCUUCGGCAAGUCGCUGUUCGACUUGGAUCCGUACAAGUACCUGGCGCUGCGCGUGAAGUCGGACGGUCGCAAAUACUUUGUAAACGUACAGACAGAGUCGGUCGUGCCGACGGACUUGCACCAACAUCGCCUAUUUGCGCGCAAGCCUGGAGAGUGGGAGACGGUGCUGAUUAAGCUGAGCGAGUUCGUGCGGACCAAUCACGGCAUUCCAGUGGAGCCGCAGAAGGAGAUGAUGAGGCAGAGGGUGCGCUCAGUGGGCAUUAGCUUGACCGACAGAGUGCCUGGGCCGUAUGAGCUCUGCAUUGGCAAGAUAUGGGCCACCAAUGAGCUCAGUGAGAGCGAGAGUGAAGAAGAUGCUCGGCUAGACGAGAUCACUAAGGCUCCCUCGGAGGAGCCUACAGAGGCCGAGAAGCCGAGGACUCUAUGA